UUUCCAUUUGGAACAUCUUCUCCAAUGAAGCAUCUUUUAGGGGUCCUGCUUCAAACUCUCCAUCUCACGAAAUUCGUUUAAGAGUCCCAAGAAAAACUGGCUGUGCUCUUUUAAGGAGAAUUCGGAAAACCCGGCCAAGAAAACUCGUCCGUGCUAUAAUAUUACUGAUUUUUAUAACAACGAAGGAUUUUGCGGUCUAAAAUGGGAUAAGGCGAACAAGUCUACAGAAUUUGUUGUUCCUUCCAUACAAAGUUCGCUAGAAGAGCAUCUCAGUUUUGUACUGCAGAAGGCCAAUAUAUUAUGCCUUAAGUUGGUUGAUCUUGACGCUAAUGAUAUGGAGGUUGUUACAAAUGUAUUGCAUAAUUCUAAGGCUAAAGUUAGCCAUUUGCAACUAGUCAUUAAUAGGAUUAUAACUUCUGAAGUUGUAUCCGUUAUAGAUGCUACGGGUGCCGAAACAGUAGAUAUAGUAAUAUCAGACAGAAGUUUCUUUCGCAAUCUGCCUUUUGAAAGUAGCGUUUUUCGGAAGGCUUGGUCCAUUACGAUAAGGACCUAUCAAGAAAAAGUCUCAGAUGUAUUUGAUAUCUGCGAUGACGAUCUCUUAUCAUUGAGUGCUGAUUCAAUAGAAUUUUUCGGAUUGACUAGAAUUACAGCAAGCGGAGCUAGAAAACUUGUUCAGGUAACUCUAGCCUAA